ACCAAGUGGAAGCUAUCGCGGAAAGCCUCCAAGUUUGCAAAAGGUAUUUUCGUCAAUUUCUAUUUAUUUAAACAACAAUUUUAUAUUUAACGGAAUAAAGAAAUUUACGUACCAUUAUACUUGAACUGAAGUGUUGAAGAUAGAAAACGUAAGGGGCCGUGGUUGUCCUGUUGUCAAGUGUUAAUAGGGCAAUUUUGUGAAUUGCUUCUCGGUUUUCGCUUGCACUAAACAGGUUGGAAUAUUUGAAAUUUAUUAAGAUCAUACUGACUUUCUUACGCUAGAUGAGAUUUCUCCAACAUUCCAGCGAAGCUUUAGCCAAGUGAAUAAAAUGAAUUGACAAAAUAAGUGAUACAUACAUGCAGCCAAUAUAGUUUAAAAUGACUAUAAACAGUUGAGAUGAUAAUUAGACUUGUGACGAUUUAAUUUUUGGAUUGAUAGUGAAUCCUGUGACUUAAUUGCAAUAUAGUUGUAAAUUGUUGAUUAGUUUUUUGCAUUUUUUAAAUAUGUUUUCGUUAUUUUUGGCCAACCAUUUGCAAUCCAACCUUGAUACAGACCUCGUAUGAUAUAACCAGACCACGCGUGAAUUCUCGCGCGAGCUCUCGCGCGCGUAAAUAGAUUGCGACAGAGCCUGAAUGGUUACUACUGUGUUAAACAUUGAAAUUUACGAUUUUUAUUAGGAAUGGAAAAGAUUCGCAAAGAUCGUCAUUAGAGCCACACCUCACGUGACAUAAUUACAUCACGCACGACGUCUCGCGUGAACUCUCACCAGAAUAGAUUGGGACAGGGCCUGACUAAUUACCAUGAUGUUAGGCACCACAAUUUACUAUACUUAUUACAAAUGGAAAAGAGUCGCAAUGAUCGUAGCCUGUACACAGACGUUGUUUUAUUUUUCUUUUCGAAAACAUCGGCGAGCGCGAGUUCUUCUUCCCCCACCCCCUUAUGCUGGGGGGUCAAUAAAUCCUCCCGCAGUUUUAUUUUUUGUCACGCGCGCUCAACGGACUUUGAAGAGAAAAUAGAGGGCCUGUGAACAGGCUACAAUGGUCUUCACCAGAGUCCUUAAUCUUAGUAGUGUUGCUUUUCUUGCAAACCUUUUUCGUAUUAAAGACGGCUUUUCAAAACUGCAAAUGAUUUCAAAAACUAAAGCAUUUCCGUAUAUUUUUCUCCGUUUCUCUUCACGCAGCUCUCUGACGCUUAAUUCAGCCAUUUCACUGUUUUUUACUCAGAUCGUCAUCUUUUCAAUUUUCAGCUCAGCCCACAGACUCGACGAUCUUCCUCAGGCAGACCUGUCUAUCAGACCAGUCUAUCAGAUCCGCCCCAGAUCAGACCACCACGCGGGACCAUCAGAUCAGACCGCCACACCAGACCACCAGAUCAGAUCACCCCACCAGACCACAGACCACCAUCCUUGACUACUCAGCUUCCAAUCAUCACAGCAUACCCAACCUCUUGAAAUGGUACAGGUCAGGUGCAUUCCUUAUGGGUUGGGUGAAGGGGGGUAUAUAGAGCUCUGGAUGAACCUUGCAAAGCAUACUUUCCACACACUUUCGGCCUGAAUUUUCCGGACUUUUUUUCGGCUUAACUUAACUGUAGUUAGAUUAGCUAGCGGGGUUCCCCGGGCUGGUAAGGUCCUCCCCUGCCCUUUUUCUUAAGUUGGGUUCCUUUGCAGGUGUUCGGUCAGCGGUUCUGCUUUUAGAAAUAGGCUAGGUUUUUUGGAUUCCGUUCGGCUUCAUCUUCGGCUGCAUAUUUUUGCGCAUUGCCAGAUGGAUUUCGCCACCGUCGUCGUCGUCAUCGUCGUCUUCACUACAACCUCCCGCUUAGCUGCGCGAAAUUGAAUUGAUCUAUCACACUUCACUUGACAGUCUACGCGCUGGUCAAGUGAAGCUUUCAUCCGCAAGGUUCAACCAGACAGUGAUUAUUCUAAGAAAUAACUUAGUAAACUAGAGACUUCAGAUCAUUCAGCUACAGUGAGAGGACCUCAUUUGGUCACUGCUUACAAGCUUAGUGGUCUCUCUGGUUACAGGUAAAUAGUUAGUAUAACCUCGCAAAUUCGGGUCUGCUCCUACCAAAUUGACUUUUGAUGUUAAACAGUAUAGGUGUGAAGUGAAAUUUUUCGUUGGUGCGCAUUUGCAGGCUUCGAACUUGUGAGGGUAGAUAAGUUGACAGGUUCAGUCGCACAACAACGGCAAUCUGCAACCAGGCGUUUCUUCCCGCGAAGAGCCAACACCUUGUUGCAGUUUGCCAGGGAAACUUGGGACAAACCACACACCAUAGGCUAGAUCGUUUACAAAUCGUAAGCGUAGGAAGACUUCGAGACCAAUCUACGACGCAGAUUCAUCGUUGGGGGAGCACGAAUUAAGCCGUAUUAGCCUGCGAAGUAAUCACGAGAAUGCUAUAAUGCCGAAUAUUUCGGGGACACACAUGUGGAGGCCCACCAUACCUUGAUAUGCGUGCCCCUGAAUGGCAUUCAUGUGAAAAUUUCGCUGGUUAUAGAUAGUCUUUAAGUAUAAGUAGCAGGGGAGGAUACUCUGGUCGUGGCAUGGUUGACACUUAGACGAUUUGAUUUGUCUUCCUGUUAAUUUUGCCUCGCUGGGGAGUUUUCUUCUUAGGAAGCCCUGCAUUGCAGUACGCAAGCACAGAUCGUCUACAAAUGGUAGGCGUACGUAGUCUUCAAGUCGACGGUUCGUGGUUAUUGGUUUCUUCGUUUUUUUUCUCCUGGAGUAGUCAGCGGUGUUCUACCCCCGACAGUUCUUGAAGUACGUCGUGACUGGGAUUGAAUCCUAUGCAUCACACUGUUCAAGUAAUGUUUGCUUUGUACAUGAUGAAAAUGUGAAUAAAAUUGAUUUUAUUGCGUUGUAUUGUAUUGUUGGUCCAGUACUAGAGCAAGUGAAGAUGCCGGCCGAAGAAAGAAGAGCAAAGAACUUCAAGAGUCAUAGAAAGAUAGUCUUGUAGUCCAAUUACUUAAGUAGGCGAGUUAGCUGCCUUUGCAGCCAUGAACAGAUGGUCCAUGUUGGACCAAACCGGACAAUGAUGAUAAUGAUGAUGAUGACGACGAUGGUGAUGUUCAUGACGACGACCAUGAUGAUCGUUUACACUAA